AUGGCAGUAUUCGGGGACUUGAAAGUUCUGAUCGGAACUGUUGUGUGCGCAUUAUUGGUGGGUCUUUACCUGGUUGUUUUGCUUCUAUCGAAUAAUCCACGAGAAGCAUUCAGUGAAGAAUUGGUGUAUAGGACUGUGAAAGAUGGUUCUAUAGUGAAGGGAGACUUGCCUCAUGUUGGAGAUGAAUCCAGUGAUGGUAUUGAGCUUUCUGUAAUUAUUCCAAGUUACAAUGAGACCAAAAGAAUCAAAGUUAUGUUGGAAGAGGCCAUUGAGUAUUUGGAGAAAAACAUGAGCAAUAAGUGGGAAAUAUUGAUAGUUGAUGAUGGUUCUCGUGAUGGUACAUCUGAGUAUUGUUUGGAGUUGGCUAAGGACCACUUCAAGCUUACUGAUGGACAAUUUAGAGUUGUUACUUUAGAGAAAAAUCGUGGGAAGGGUGGUGCAGUAAGACACGGCAUGUUGCACGCUAGAGGGCAAUUCACAUUGUUUGCCGAUGCAGAUGGAGCUUCAAAGUUCUCUGAUGUUUCGAAACUCUUGGAAAAAACGUCUAAGGAUGAGCCAAUGGUUUCAAUUGGGUCUCGUGCUCAUAUGGUGAACACUGAUGCCGUGGUGAAGAGAACCAUAAUUAGGAACUUCCUCAUGUACUCUUUGCAUGCUCUUGUCUUUACUUUCGGUAUUAGAUCAAUCAAGGACACGCAGUGCGGGUUUAAACUAUUCAACAGAAAGGCUGCAAAGACAAUAUUCCCAAAACUACAUACUGAAGGUUGGAUCUUUGACGUUGAGAUUUUGAUCAUUGCUCUUCGCAAGAAUAUUCCAAUCAAUGAAGUACCUAUCUCAUGGCAUGAAGUUGACGGCUCCAAGAUGGAUCUAGCCCGAGAUAGUAUUAACAUGGCUAAGGAUCUAGUAGUCGUAAGGUUGGCAUAUCUUCUAGGCAUAUAUAGUGAUAAAUAG